CAGUUCAGUCAGUGUGUGCAUCUGACAGGAGAGUGGGGGGAAAGUGAAAAAAGAGACGUUUCUGUUCUUGUGAAGAGAUGUCUAGGUACCACAAAGCAGCGAUUGAUGGAUACUUGGACCUCUUGAAGGAGGCCACGAGGAAGGACUUGAACUCUACGGAUGAGGAUGGCAUGACUCCCACUUUACUGGCUGCUUUCCACGGACAUGUCGAUGUUCUUCAGCUCAUAUGCAGCCGAGAAGGAGACCCCAACAAGAGUGACAUCUGGGGAAAUACACCUCUGCACCACGCUGCUGCUAAUGGCCACAUGCACAUCCUUAGCUUUCUCGUCAACUUCGGUGUUAACCUUUUUGCACUGGACAAUGAAUCCCACACAGCUAUGGACGUUGCUGCUUCUCGCGACCGCAUGGACUGCGUGCGCUUCCUAGAUGCUGCUUCAUCGCAGCAGACCAACCAAAAUCCAAAGAAGGUUGUCAAUCUAAAGAAAGAGGCCAUCAAAGAAGCAGAGAAACGUAUAAAACUCUGCGAGAAGGUGAAGAAGAAACACCAGAGCAAGAUGGAUAAAAUGCAACAUAGAGCGGAUAAUACUGGAUCUGUCUCAGAGGCCAGCAUGGCAUCAGCGUUCUCAGAGGGUGGCACCAUGUCCGGCAUCAACGAGCAGUUCUCCAAGCUGAUUUCUGCGGAUAAAUCCGGGUCCCUCACAGCCAGGGUUAAAGGCACACUCCAGAAGAAGCUCGGUAAAAAAGAUAAAGGCACGCUGCAGAGAACAGGAGGGGAUGGGAACGUAAUUUUCCUGAAACAGGAUAGUGCAGCGACUGAUCAGCCAGAGUUUCUGGAUGUCUUCAACGAGCAGGAUGAGAGCAUGCUAGACAAGGAAGGCUUUGACGAUUAUUCUGACGAUGAACCAGGCGAAAUCAAACAGUCCAUCUUCAACCGGCCUGGCCUUGGCGGUCUGAUUUUCAUGAAGAAGAUGGGACUUGAUUCAGAAGACAUCCCCAGUGGGAACAAUGAAAGUUUGGGCUACCUCGUUCAGAACGAGAUGUUUGAUGCAGAGGAAGAUGCUGCUGGAUUUGAUGGAAUUGAUGCUGAUCUGCCCUGGGAUCAGGAAGACCUGGGACUGGAUGAUAAUGAAGAUGAGGAGACUUCUCCUUUGGAUGGAUUCUUGUCUGCCAUCUCUUUGCCAGAGUUUGCCCCUGCAUUCAGCAGAGAGCACCUAGACCUGGAGGCGCUGAUGCUUUGCUCUGAUGAAGAUCUGAAAGGCAUCCGCAUCCAGCUGGGUCCCAGGAAGAAGAUCCUGGAAGCUGUUGCUCGCAGAAAGAAAGCACUGGAGAGUCCAGGCAUCAUGACAGACAGCUGCUUGUAAUCUCAAACAACACAUGAACAGUACAUUAUAAUCCUAUUUAAGGCUUAAAGAGAGUGUUUUUUUGUAAAUAGAGACAAAAGUUUGAUUUUCCAAAUACAAGAAAAUGUUUUCCUCGAAACUGAAUUUUACUGUACUUACCUACAAUAUCAAGAAAAGCAUUGAUACAUUUGGUUGAGCAAGACAAGAAAAUUGUAAUACAAAUACACAGAUGUUUCUCGUGAAUCGUUUAUUUCCACAAAUGACAAUCGUUGGACGAUGUGCUGUUUUAUGUUGUUUUUACUUUUGACUUGAAAAUAUAAUUGUCAAAUAAAUCAAAUAUAAUAAACAAUGUCUCCUAAUUAGUGAUGGGUAAAUAUAUACAUAGAUUUGCUUGUGUGUGUCUACUUGUUCCCUGGUUUUGGGAACAUAGGUUUGUUCAUACAGUCACAUUGUGAGGACUCACAUUCCAUUUUGGACAAAAAAAGUUGGUCCCAAUAAAGUAUGUUAUGACAGUAUAUUGUGGCCAAAAGAGCAUAACUGCAAGUGAACAAAAUACAAAUAAAGAAAAAUAAUAGACUAAUUUUAAAGUUUGUGUAGAGCCUAAAUAAUUGGGCUGACCAGGUUUGGAUCUUAUUGUUCUAUAGUUAAAAUGCCCCAACCUGAUAACUUGAGAAGUUAACCAGAGAUGUAACAGGAAGUCAAUGAUCCAGGGAAUUAUUUUUUGAAAAAAAAGAUCUGAUGAACCCACUUAGCAACCAAAUAGCCAGCGAACACAGUAUGUUGGGUAAAAAAUAUAGUUAUUGGACUCUAAAUAAUUCCUUGCAUUGUUCCAUGUGUGCUUGAUGUAUAAA